AUGAAAGUGACCACUCUCAUCCCAGUCCUCGCACUGGCUUCAACCCUCGCCUCCGCGGCACCAUACCAGCCCCAUACCGGGAAUGACCUGGACCACGAUACAUUCAAGUCCGUGAUCCCCUCCGGAAACGGAAACAGACACGAUCAUCGAGGUUACGGUGGCGACGGCGAUGGAGCGUGGACUCACCAUUCUGGCGCUGGAAUCGAGCCCAGGAAUGCCAACGACGACGACAACGAUGUCUUGAAACGCGCUGCUGACCCAUUCUACUCCAUCCACCCUGACACUAACUCCAAAGCUCCCCAGCGGGGAAACAUAAUGUCGCAUUUCGCCAAAGGAUACGGGUUCGGCCACGGGCCUGUCGUCCAGACGACUCGACCGAAAGGGAAAAUUGGUCGACGGGAAGCGAUGGCCGAACCGGAGCCGGAACCUCAACCUGAGGCACUUGCUGAACCUGAGGCCGCACCAGCUUCAGCUCCAGAACUCAAAGUCAGAGCUGUAGCAGGGUUCAAAAACAACAAUGGAAAGAAAGGCAAGACUCCGACGGCGCAUGAUCUCUGUGAUGCGAGACAUAUGGUUUGUCCUGGAUUGCAGUCGAAAUUCUAUGGGAUGUAUGGCAUCUUUCAGAAUACGAAACGCUGGAUCCAGAAGGUCAGAUGA